UCGUGGAGAUUAAGUGGAGAAUAGAAGUGGAAUGGCGUGACUGCAGACUGCAGAUACAGCAGUAACAGGAUGACUGAGGCGGAAACGUGGAGGAGGCUAGACUGUUUCGAUGCGUCCGGUUGCAGGAGCUUUUUCUGAGUGCGCCUGUCGCGAAGUCAGACUGGCGCCGGUCCCACCUCUCGGUCACAAUGGCCAAGGUGGACGUGGUGUCUGCUCGUCGACUGGAGGAUGACCGCAGCCCGCCUGGCGCACCACACCUCCCCAGCGGCACGGAGGAGCCCCCGGGGGAGCCGGCUGCGACACCGGCCGCCCGCGCCCUGCUGCUCCUGCUCCGGGUCACCGGGCUGGUCACAGACCGAGCCGGCCCGGCCGCCAGGCUCUACGCAGCGCUCGCGUUUGUCGUCAACUCGGCUGGAGCUGGCUGGUUCACUGUUGUCUGUAUUUCCACGGGUAGGGUGCUGCAGGGCGAUGGCCAUGUAGUCGUUGCUCUGUCACACAGCGGAUUUUUCGGUCUGAUGUACGUCCUGAUGUGGAUGUCAAUGGCAUGCUGUUUUCUGUGGAGUCGUGAGCAGUACGGAGAGCAGCUCACAAUUAUACGCGCUGCAGUUCACAGACUGUCUGAGUUCCAUGGCAGCAUGGAGCUGUCUGCCAGUCUGAGAAGGAACACAUCAAAGCUGCUUGCCGUCGUUGUGAUAUUAUUCACCAUAACAGUUGCUGUCAGGCUCUAUUAUCAGCUGCUUUUUCCUUGUGGAAAACUUCCCCUCCCCUGCCUCCCCUCUCUGAUAUAUUUGAUUGUAUUCUGUUGGUCAAUCGUCUCGUUUUGUCUCGUUCCGUUCAAAUACGUCUUAUCAUCCCUUUACGUGGAGAGCGGGCUGCAGAAAAUAAGCACCAUUCUCAGCGCAAUGGUUGAAGAACGCUACCAGCCGGACCCGGCCGCCGUCUGUGACAUCAUAUCGCUCCACGGAGAGCUGUCCCGCACCUUCGGCCGCCUCACCAGGGCCAUGUCGGCCGAGCUGGUGCUGGUGAUGGCCUCCGGCACCAUCAUCUGCGUCACCAUGCUGCUGACGGUGAUCAGCAGUCUCACACUGGGCACGUUCGAGGUCAUGGUGCCCAUGCUCGUCCUCUACACGGGGCUGGCCUCGGUGACGAUGGUACUACCCAGUGAGGCCAUCCAGCGGUGUCUGGAGGCGGCCGGGGAGGCGCGCGAGCUGCUGCUAGCCGCCGAGCUGCGCCAGCCGCCGCUCUCCCGCCAGCUGGGUCUGCUCCGGGAGUCGGUCGGCCGCGACCUGGACACGCUCGGCGAGCUGGGCCUGUUCCGGCUGCGCAGGUCCACCGUGCUCUCCAUCAGCUCCACCAUCCUCACCAACGCCAUCAUCAUGCUGCAGUUCUACUUCGCCUAACCAGCACCGUCAUCAUGCUGCAGUUCUACUUCGCCUGAGAGCGCCACAGGAUUUAGAGCUACAUUGUUUGCUAGUUGCUAUCCGAUAGAACUUGAUUGCUGGCAUUUGGCAAUGCUGUCUCUGACAACUGAGGGCUGCCUUCUCUCGACUGUUGGGAGUCGUAUGCGAGUGACUUUUCAAAUACGUAUGAUCUCGUUCGCAUCAAUGUCACGCACGGAGGAGCCUGCUGGUAUAUGGUACUUACCUACCGCACGUGUCUAUGCAUUGUAAAUGUGCAAAUAAAUAGACU